ACCCCUACUUUAGCGGCUACCAGCCCCCACGCUCACAAGCUUAAUUCUGUACUCUGUUCCUUCCCACAUCCUCCGCCUCCGGCACCGCAGACAGAAAGCGAUGGCGACCAAGACGUGGAAGAUAAUACCAAGACCAUUACUUGAAACAAUCUUGAACAACCAUGCUCAGCACCACCGCGUUCCUCAGCCUCUCAUACUCCAUGGCCCCCGCGGCACAGGCAAAACCACCCUUAUCCUCGAACGUCUCCUUAACGACUGGAACAAAGGUCCUCAUAUCACUGGUUAUGUGGACUUCGCUCAAUCGAUUAAGGACCAUCAUCCGCAGCAUAACAGCUCUUUCCCAUGGGCGUCUUGGUCUACCUGUGAUUCCUCGAAUCUUUCCAGUUGCAAAACCCAGCUCGAAACUUGCCUUGAAUCAAUGGCUUAUAAGGGAAUCCAGCUCGGCACCAUUACCUCCAAUCAAAUCUUCUCCACUCUAAACAAAUGGCACCGCCUCGACACUGCCCUUCGCCGCAUAAUAAUCCUGAAUAAUUCCAAUAGUCCAUCAAGAUCAAGAAAUGCCAUUUCUGAUAAGGUUUCUGGUUCGGUUCUUUGGGAGCGGGCAGUUUUCACACUAUCUGCUCGAUCAAAUGCCAAAGAGAUUGAUGAGCUUCUGGGAUUGGUGGAUAGAGGAAAGAGUUUGUCAUUAGAGGAAACUUCAUAUUUUAGAGAGGCGAUUGUAGCGUUGAGAUUGGCUAAGGAGGUAAUUAAAGUGCAGCAAGGGUGGAGAGCUAAUGCCAUUGCUCAUUUGAAUAGGACUGGUGGGUUUUCUAGGUCCUUAGCGAAUUCAUGUACUGAUUGGCCUUGUUUGUUGCUCGAGUUACUGUCACAAGCUGCUGAGAUCGAUUACUUCCAGCCCAAGCUGGUUAUAAACAAUAUUGAAGUUCUUAAAAAUGCCAUUUUAACAGAUGAUUCAAUGGUCUCUGCACCUUUGUAUCAUGACAGUUUCAUAUGGAGAAUUAUUGCUUUGGGUGCGAACGAGAGAUGCCUGCCUGUUAUGCUCAUCACGUCUGAUAGCUAUUAUUCAUACCAAGCCUACAUGGAUUUUGGAUUUCCAGACAUAUUCAUCUCCCGUGAGACCUUUGGAUGGACUGCACAAGAAGCUAAAAUGCAUAUGGUUCCUGACUACUUCAGUCAUUCAGAGUGGGCUGUGCUUGUUGAGGUGCUUGGGCCAAAUCCUCGACAUCUAUUUGAGCUUUAUGCACUCAAACAAAGCAACUAUUACCAGAUUGUGCUGGAUGACAAGACUAGUACAUUUGAGGACAUCGUAGAUGCAUAUUUAGCAUAUUUGCAGGCCACUGUGGUAAAUCCUGCCAUGGAUAAUGCACUAGCAAUGCUACAAAAGUUUGCUGAUGAUGCACGAAGUGGAAAAUUGCCAAAAGAUAUGCUAUGUUUUGGUGCGCCUUGGAGGCAUCCUCCAAAGAAGAAUGAUCCUGCUCUUGAUAAGGAUUGGGCUAAGCUUCAACUGAUGGACUUUGUUCAAUGUCUAGUAAAAACAGAAUUUGGGGUUAAUUAUCUAGCAGACUAUAGCCUUGAGAUCUUGGAUGAUCCUUGUACUCUUGCAUUGUUAGAGGUUGGUUUGCUUUAUGCUCAACGUGAUCCAUCUUUCAUUCGCCCUGUAUCUAGAGGCAUUCAGAGAUGCCUUGUGAGAUGGCUUGUCCAGGAACGGAUGUGUAUGAGUUUCCAGAAUUCGUUCCUGUAUCUGUGGCAGCGUAUGAUACGGGGACGUAGUUAUCGUCAUUUGAUGCAAGAAGUGGGCUAUAACAAAUAGAGGGGCACUGGUUUGCAACACUUGGUGCUAAAAUGAGGUGCUAGAGAUUGUUAAACUAAUUACUCUUGAAGGUGGUGGUCAUCCACUGCACCUCAGAUGCUCAGGUUCAAAUUUCAAAAUGAAAAAUUGCUUAAAAUGUUGUGUUAAAGUUCUUCUCUGGUGCAACGACACAUGGUCAGAGUUUUAGGAAAAUCAUAUGAAAGUAUGGGUUAGUUGAUUUUCAUAGAUAGUUUUGUGAGUUUUCAUACUGAAUCAUAGCAUAAGCCUAUUAUUCAUUUGAACUUUCAGGAUAAUACUUUUUGCAAAGGCAUAUCCAUCGUGGCAGUUUUUAUUUAGGCAAGCAUCAAAGACUCAAUUCACUACUUUUUUCCAGGGCCACAAAAGUUCACUUCAACAUUGUUUUGCUGAAAUGAAUAUAGGUUGCUCUAGUGCAAUUCACUAGUUUUAAAGUCAGAAGACUUGAAGAAUUGUCAUUUUCUUCUGGAAAACUUGGAGAUGAUCAUAGUACAUAAUGAGGUUAAUAUACUCAUCUACACUCAUGAAUUGAUCAAGGAUCUAAUUGUUUAGAUCAAUUUUUAUGGCAAGUGAGAUAAUAAAGUUCAAGUUGUCACUUGUUAUUGUUAAGACAGUAAGGAGUCACUAGUAUUCUCCCUCAUUUGCUUGUAUCAUUCAGCAAUUGAAUGGCCGAUAAGAUGGUAAACCCGUGUACAUUUAUGCAGAUGAAGCUCAACUUUCAGUUGAAAGCAUCAGAUAAAAAGGCAAUUAUUUUUGGAAGAUGUACAUUUUCUAUUUAUUCUUUUGCUGUUUAGCACAUAUUUGAUGAGAUGUGUGCAUAGUGAAAAUUCUGAACUGGGUUUGAAAUUCAAGACUUGGUGCAAUGAGUUGAAAAGAAAAUUUUCGUUUUGGG